UCGUUGGACAGUCACAUACUCGUGGGCCACACAACACAAAGUGGCAGAGUGGGGCAUCCAGAAGCUGGGUCUCGUUGACUAUGCUGAACGCUGUGCUGGGACGUACAGUGGUGGAAACAAACGCAAACUCUCCACUGCUAUUGCACUGAUAGGUUGUCCUCCCCUAGUUCUCCUGGAUGAGCCCACAACUGGAAUGGACCCACACUCCCGACGCUUCUUGUGGAAUUCCAUUAUGAGUGUCAUUCGAGAUGGGAGAGCUGUGGUGCUUACAUCACACAGUAUGGAGGAAUGUGAAGCCCUUUGCACCCGUCUGGCUAUAAUGGUGAAUGGAACAUUUAAGUGUCUAGGGACUAUCCAGCAUCUCAAAUACAAAUUUGGGGACGGUUACGUUGUUACCAUGAAAAUAAAGGCAGCUAAGCCUGGAACUCCUCCAGACCUGAACUCAGCUGAAAGCUUUAUAGAGGCAAACUUUCCUGGCUGCCUUCAGAGAGAGAAACACUACAACACAUUACAGUACCAGAUCCCUUCCUCGUCCCUGGCCAAGAUCUUCCAGCUUAUUGUGUCCAACAAGGAGAAACUCAAGAUUGAGGAUUACUCUGUCUCACAGACCACUCUCGACCAGGUGUUUGUGAACUUUGCCAAGCAGCAGACAGGUGAGGAUGAGUAUCUUACUUUGCACCCCAGAGCUGCUGGGGCAAGGAGGGACAUGAAGGUAUCUCCAGUCAACACCACUGCAAAAUCAUCAUGAGGAUGUGCCAAUCGCACAUGCAAAUGGACAGUAUUCAGUUUGUCUGAUUUGGUAACAAGUGGCAUUAUACAUCACAUUUAAGAAAAUUACAAUACAGCUUAUCCUGUGUCGUCCCUUGUCAUAGAACACUUGCAUAAAAAAACACAACCUUUUUUUUUUAUGUUCAGUCGCAAUUCCUGAGUUGAUACGUUGUGUGAUUUAAUGGUACUUAAAAUAAAGUAUUUGAUUCAACAGCCUUCAUCAAAGAAAACUGAAAAAACAAAUUAUGGCUAAUAACCUACAUACAAUAACCGAGUGUUUGUUGAAAUUGGGGGUGCUGUUUUUAGCAACAGCACACUCAUACAGUGCAGUAUUUACUUAUUUUAACAAAUUCAUUUCUCAUUGCUUUUUACAGAUUUGUUUGAUUAAAAUGGUCAAACGAUACUACUACAGUAUAUAAUAUAAAUACAUAUAGUAUACAAUAGGAAUGGCACCUGAACAGUGAAAGAACUAGUCACUUCACUGGAAAACUAAAGAAAACAUUUCAUCUUUUAACUUUAUGCAAAGCACCUUUAUUUUAUUUUAUUUUUUAUUUUGCUUUAAAUGUGUGUUUAAUGCUAAGAAUAUUUUUCACAUUACAGUGCUAACAGGUAGGACUUUGCAAAUAAUCAUACACAGGUAAUGUAAAUGUGCAGAUAUUUGCUGGACUUCACUAACAAGAUUUUUUUUAUAGCAAAUAGUAACUUAUCUAUGAAUUUGUGACCAAAAUCAUUAAGCAUGUACAGAUUUCUUUAAUUUUAGUUAGAAGAAAACACACACUGUACAUAAAAAGUAAUAAAUAAAGCUAUAAUUUUAAAAAGUAGUGUGUUUUGUAGUGCACAUCAACAUUAUUCUUUGCACUUUUGUUGAAAUGUUUGUUGAUUUUGUUUGUCAUUGACAUUAACGCUAUAUAUUAAACAGAUUCCAAAGCA